AUGAGUAUCAUGCCUGCCAAAAUUGGAAAUACCACAGAAGCCACAAGACCUGAAGGAGAGAAAGGAGACAGAGAGAGAAAGGUGACAGAGAAGAGAGAGAAAGCAGAGGACAGAGGAGAGAAAGGAGACAGAGGAGAGAAAGGAGACAGAGAAGAGAGAGAAAGCAGAGGACAGAGGAGACAGGAGAGAAAGGAGACAGAGGAGAGAAAGGAGACAGAGGAGAGAAAGGAGACAGAGGAGAGAGAGAAAGCAGAGGACAGAGGAGACAGGAGAGAAAGGAGACAGAGAGAGAAAGGAGACAGAGAAGAGAGAGAGAAAGUAGAGAGAGGAGACAGAGAGAAAGUGGAGGACAGAGGAGACAGGAGAGAAAGGAGACAGAGGAGAGAAAGGAGACAGAGAGAGAGAAAGUAGAGGAGAGAGGAGACAGAGAGGAGAGGAGAGAGAGAGAAAGUAGCAGAGAAGAGAGAAAAGAAAAGAGACAGAGAGAGAGAAAAGAGAGAGACAGAGAGAAGAGGCAGAGAAGAAUUUAAUGCUUUUCAGGAUCCCUGUGUCAAGGUGACCAAAAGCUUCAGGGGCGGGGAACUCCCAGCAGGCCCAGAGGCUGUGAGCUCAGUUUUAAACUGA